GUCAAACAAGUAUUUAAACUUCACUUCGCGUGAUCUGAAAUAAGGAAACAUUUACCUUGACUCAUUGAAAAGAAUCGUCAUUUAAUAUCAAAACUCCUUUGAGUGGAAUAUCAAAUAUUAGCAUGUUUACGGAGAAGGAGAAUUGCCCUUCCAGUGUAUUGUAAAAUAUCUCUGGCUCGCAUCAUGGGAUGCUCGAGACUACCCCCCCCCCCCGGACCUCCUCCUCCGAUUCCCGGGGCUGUACAACAAGUAGAUAACCUUUUUUCUAUUUUAUCUAUCUACCUUUAAGUCAUCUUUCAAAACAUAGCACAUUUUCAUUUUACAGCCGACCUAUGGGUAAUGUCCUGUCGGUUGUAUUUCUCGCUCUUCAAUGUAUUUAGUUGUAUCCCCUCCACACACUUUAUAAAAGUAAUAUUGAAAGUGUUACAAAAGAUUGAACACUUCGAUCUUCAUUAUAGGCAGCCAAGCUAAUACCUUGUCAAAUCGUACUAUAAGAGGGACCCCCCCCCCCCCCCCAAUUUAACUCUGUAUUUGUUCUUUAAUCACUAAUAUGUACGUGUGCAUACAGGUCAAAAUGAUAUGUAGCAAAAUAAAACAUACAAUAUAUUACUGGGGUUUUAUGUACUCCAUAGUGUAGAAAAAACAACAACCCAUUUAUAAUAAAGAAAAAAAAAAAGGCAGAAAAAGAUUAAAAAAAAAAAGAACAAAGAAAAAAGAAAAGAAAAGAAAAAAAACCCCACGAAACAGAAAAAAUACCCCCUCUCUCUCUUUCUCCUUUCUUUCUCUCUAUCUCACAUCAAUUUAGAUAAUCAUGGUCGACCCAGUCAUUGGUCUAGGACAUGAUUUAAACAUUACUCAUGAUUUCUAUGUUGAUAUCUAGGGAACACUAGGGCCAGUCACGUUGUACUUUAAUCAGCAGUCCUCCCAUACAUACCUGUACGGACUUUGUGAUUAGUAAAUAAGCUUUCACUUAAUCCCCGCGGAUCAGCGUUUAACCCGGUCACAGCUCCUCUUCAUACGUGCCCGCAGGGACGAGGAACCCCCGAUAUUUUUAUGUACAUAUACAGUAAAGAGGCAGCCUUUAAGGUGACAUCAAUAAUUGAUAUCGUGUUUAUUGUCAUGUACCAGUAAUAAGCAAAUCUGCUCAUUAGUGCAGAGACGUGUAUUGAUUAAUAACAACAAAUUACGGAAAAGUGUGCGUUUGGUGAUAAAAUUACAUGUACGAUACAUUACAUAUUUAUGAUGAAACAAAACAUCAACAAAUCGCACGGCGUGAUAUCAAAAGGCAUAUAUAGGCUUGAGUCACGUGACUCCGUGUUUCAAGGAUUAACGUCAAACAAACUGUUCCUUGCCAUGGCUGCCAAAUGUAGUCUCAUUAAUUAGGAUUUAGAUUAAGGAUGCAAUGAAUCAUUUUUGACAAAUCGGAUGUUCAAAUGUGAAAUCGAUGGACUCUUUCUGUUGAGAGGAUGAAAUUCGACACUGUCCUGAUCGUCCUAUCAUUGAUAGUUUUCGCGAGCUUGAUCUCCGCCAGAAAUCUUACCAUGAAUAUAAAACACGAUCUUGUUGGGGAAUUACUGAGGGACUAUGAACCCACACAGGCCCCCACAGAACACGGGGUUCCGGUGACAGAUGAAGUCCAACUGUACAUUCUUAGCAUUGAUUCCAUCAGCGAUUCCAGCAUGGACUACGACAUGUCUUUCUACCUCAGACAAAGGUGGUACGACCCCCGUCUUCAAUUCAACGCUUCCCUGGGUAUCGAUGUUUUAGAACUGGAUCCAAAACUCAUGGAAAAGAUAUGGGUGCCGGACAUCUAUAUCAUUAAUGAGAAGACGGCGAAGAUUCACGAGGUGACGGUUCCUAACAAGAUGAUGUACCUGUACCCUAACGGACUGGUGCUGUACAGCGCGAGGGUGUCGGGAGUGUUUUCUUGUAUGAUGGACCUCCACAAGUAUCCGCUAGAUAAACAGAUAUGUGACAUACGUCUAGAGAGCUACAGCCAUAGCGCGGCCACACUCGUCGUUCGAUGGCGGGAACUUCCGGCCGAGAUCUCCAAGACAUUGCGACUCCCCCAGUUUGACAUCAAGAAGCUGAGGUCUUUCCAUUGCGAUCAGCAGUACAUGGGAAUUAACUACACCUGUAUCGGGUUGGACAUCCACCUGAUGAGGAACAUCGGCUACUACCUGACACAGACCUACAUCCCCAGCGUCCUGGUGGUCAUCCUCUCCUGGGUCAACUUCUGGCUCAGUGUGGAUGCGGUUCCUGCCCGAAUUUCCUUGGGUCUGUUAACGGUUCUCACGAUGACAACACAGAGUAGCAAUGCCGUCAGGGGACUAACAGUAGUGUCGUAUGUAAAGGCCAUGGACGUCUGGGUUUUUGCGUGUUUGUUUUUUGUCUUCGCUGGACUUUUAGAAUUUGCCUGGGUAAACGUGUCAAACAGAGUGGAAAGUCGCCGAAAGUCAAUAACAGAUCUACCAUCACUUAUGAAUGGACACAAAACGAAUUCCCAGAGAGGCGAUUCUCCUAAACCAAAAGAAGGGAAAGAGGGAUUUUUCUUUAAACCAUCAAAAAACCGAGAGAAAGCCAGAAACAUUGAUCGGGUCUCUCGAAUUUUGUUCCCAAUAACAUUUAUUCUAUUCAACACUGCCUAUUGGUUGAUAUAUAUGGUAUUCUGGGAGCCUGUUGAAGAUAAACACAUAGACAGUGAGGGAAUUACAAUUCCGGUGAUCCUCAGUGAUGAUUGAUGACGUCACAAUUUCAGUGACCCCCAGGGGAAUUGACGGCAUCCCAAUUCCAGUGAUCAUCAGUGAUGAUAAUUACGUCACGAGGCGGGUAUGGUAAUGUUGAGUUUUGGUGUGUUCACGAGAUGAUCUUUUGUUAAUGUCCCACCUUUGUGUUCAUUAGUUGUUAUGAUAUAUUUGUAUCUAAAGGACAUAUACAUGAGUUUGUUCAUGAUGUUUGACAUUAUAUAAUUCAAAUGUAGACGAUUCACUGUGAAACCCUAGAGUUACAUUCCCAAAAUGAUGUGGCCGUAUACUUUGAUAUACACAGGCAACGAUUUCAUUGCUAACAGUGCUCCCGACCAUUAAACUCUACCUCACAUAGUUGCACUUUUGCAUAUAUACUUUAAAAAACACAUAUACGUUUUCACUUAAAUUGUCCAUAAGUAAUAGUAAACUAUUGCCUUUUUAACCUAGCGACAACUCUCUUCGCAAUGGGAAAAUAUCGGGUACUACUCUGCACACGGCCUUUGCGUUGAUUCUAAGACAUUCAACUGUUAUCGUCAUGCUUUACAGGUAAAACUGUGGGCCACGUGGGUGUCAAGGGAAAAAGGGUCCAGUGUCGCGAUGUGCAUAGGGAAGAUUAAUAUCCAUCAACAUUAGGGUCCCGAAGUUUAGUUAUUUAGUCAACAUUUGUUAAACCAUUCCUGUAAGCUAGAGACGUCUCAAUACGAGUAAGUAAUUUGUAUUUUUUCAGAAUGGGACGUUAAACAAAAUAUAAACAAUACAACCAAUUUGAACUCUAAUUAAAACCAUUAGGCUGAUCCAGAUUGCAUGGGAGACCAUCAUUAAAAUAAAGACACUCUGCUUUAUGGAGACUCUCUUGCUACAUAUAAUCAUAAUGGAUGGAUGUUUUAACGAUAAACUAAUAUGCAAGAUGUGGACCAGUCAGUUCAUGGGAAAUCGAUUGAUGGAAUUAAGGUAUUCGUUAUUUGCCAAUUUAGAUUUAACAUUUACACCUAUACCGAUUUUAUGAAGAUAAAAUAGUUCAAGUAUUCAACAAUAAACAGAUCUAAAAUGAAACUUCUUAUCCUUGUUCAAACAACCACAUCACGCGUUGUUCAUUUAGUGUUCUCUCACCUUCAAAUAAAGAAAGUUUAUAUUAUAAAAAUCGAUACAAUCUUAGGCGUUACCGCGACUCUUGGAGCUACCGACAACAUUAGGGAGUCGUGGAUGUAUGUCAUUGUAUUUGUACAUUAACUCUGCCAGAAGUAUUUUCAUUCGUUUCAAAAGAGAAGAUAACGAGCACAUUCUAGCUUAUAGGUAUUUAAACAUUAAAUCAUGUAGUCCCUCUUGGUGCCCGAUUGGAUAAACUAAGUAAUGCUUUCAACCAUUAAACAACUUUGAUUUUCCCCUUAUUAAGAUAUGUUUCAUAAUUGAUAUGGUACAUCAUAUCUCACUAGUAAAUGUGGUGAGAGAAGACUUUUUGCCUCCAUUGGUUCUCCUUCCUUUGUGUGUUCCUUAUUCAAUUAUAUUAUUUGAAAUCCAAUUUCCAAAUUCCAAUAGAAAUAACAACAAUACAUGACAAAUUUGCACAUACACGUUGAAGGGCGGGGUAAUUGAACGACUGUGACUGAAACGAAACACAUCAAUUGGUUUGUUGAGUUCGAGCAUUUAUUAAUAUACUGAUUUCAAAAUGACAUAACAACGAUUAUGGAAUGUAUCUGUGCCAAAACAUGUAUGCACCUAGCCUUGUGCUUUUUGUUUGAUUGAUGUACGGUACCCUUUAGAGUGAUUUUGACAUAUUUGUGUGAACGUUUUGUGUUGGGUACAUGUAGCCAAUUGCAAGUUAUUUGAAUAUCGAUAUGUGCAUAAUUUUUGUGUGUCCUGCUUUUUUAAAUAAAUAAAAUUUAGAUA